GCCCGCCUCGGCUGCAGCUGCGGGAUUAAAGCGAUCCGAACCGCUUGGCUCUACGAGUGCGCGGAGGGUUUUGCUUUGCUGCAGGGGGAAGGUUGCUCCGCAGGACCCGGAGACUCGCCCGCGGAGACCUGGCUGCGGGUUCCAUGGAGGAGGAGACGGUCUGAGGAGAGGCGUCCCGGUCGCUGCCCCCUCCUCGGUCCCGCGGCGUGAAGACGGGGAUUUACUUCGCUCGCCCGCCCGCUUAGCCGGGGAUCUUCGCCCACGACCCGAGGCGCCCUCCUGCGGACGCACCGGAGACAUGAGCCCGCGCGCGGUCCGCGCGCUGCUGCCGCUGCUGCUGCUCACCGCUGCUGUCGGGGAGGCCUGCGUCAGCGGUCGCUUCACAGACUCGGGGCAGUGCUGCAGCCUGUGUCCUGCCGGCUUCGGUGUGGAGGCGGAAUGUGGACAAGAAGACACCAAGUGCAUGGAGUGUCCAAAGGGGACGUACUCUUCGUCUGAGGACCUCUCCCAGUGUCUCCCCUGCGCCCGCUGCUCGCCGGGCGUCCUUGAGCUCGCCGCCUGCUCUGCAACUGUGAACACGCAGUGCGACUGUGGUGAGGACUCUUACGUUUGGCAGGAUGUCGGAAGCACAGACGGCCUCUGUGCGCCGUGCUCCGUCUGUGGGAGGGGCAAGGGCGUUGCCCGCCAGUGCGGGCCCCUGGGAAACACGCUGUGUCUAGACUGCGGCCCUGGCACUUUCUCCGAGGAGCGCCGCCACACCAAAGCCUGCCAGAAAUGCUCCCAGUGCUCCGCCAGCGAGGUCGAGAUCAGACCCUGCCAGCCCAACUCCGACACUCUCUGCAUGGAUAAGAAGCUGCACAUCUUAUCUCCUCCCGCCGAUUCUGAUGGUUCUCGUGUGACCCCUCGUGUGACUGAGGUAAAUGAGGAAGGGGAGGUGAGUCCUGCCCCGGGAAGCCCGAAGUUCACCCCCCAGGAUGAAGAUGGCAGCAGCAACAUCCUGGCCUACGUGUCUGUUCUGGCUGCUGUGGUUUUAGGUUUGCUACUCUACGUUGCCUACAAGUGCUGGACAUCGUGUAAACAGAAGAGGGCUCUGUCCAAGGCCCGAGCUGCUGAGCUGGGAGCAUCUCCAGAGGGAGAGAAGCUCCACAGUGACAGUGGUGUUUUCCUUGACUCUCACAGCCUGCAGGACAGCCAGCCAAGUAAAGGAAGUAAGAGGGACAGUAAGAUGGAUGGCCGUCUGUACAUCAACCUGCCGCCCCACAGACAGGAAGAGGUGGAGCGUCUCCUGCAGGAGGGAGGGGGCCGGGGGUGGAGGCAGCUGGGCGCGGCACUGGGCUACGAGCCUGAACAACUGGACCUGUUUGGGCGUGGAGAGGCCCCCACUCACACACUGCUCUCCAACUGGGCCCAGCGAGAGGGCUCCUCGCUGGGCCCGCUCUGCUCGGCGCUGGACCGCAUUGAGAGGCCCGACGUAAUAUCAGUUAUUACCAACCCCUCGCAGGGCAUUUCUGUCGUGUGAGGGCUCCUCAGCCGUACUCCUGUGAGGCAGAAAGGCUGAAGAGAGGAUGGUGAAAACUCACACAUCAAGUCCUCAUCGGAACGACUACGGAGGCACUUCAACAACUUAAGUGUCGCCCAAACUUCAAGGUGGGCCAACAGGAGAAGUUGGCUAUCUUUCAAACUCGGUUUGGUAUCUUAGCCCAUAGGGGGAGCACUCUGCAAAACAUCCCCCUACACAUCCCAACACAGACGCUUCAGUUCACCGUUUGCAAAAUUUCAGUUUCAAUUUUACCACCUGCCUCUGCAAAUUCUCAAGGGAGGCAGUUGUUUGCUCAGGAUAACUGGCAAAUGUUCUUUUGCAAAUGAUCCAUGACACUACCUCUGUUGCGGACGGUUCAGUUGCAGCCCUGCAUCUCUGCCGUCGAGGCUUGCCUCAUAUAGGCUGAGAUAUCUAAUGCUAAUCACCGCGCUAGUCAGAGAGCCUCCGUAACGGACUUCGUGUAUUCAGCUUUCGAGCAGAGAAGGAGAAAAAUGUGGGAUUUUACGGCUUAUUUUCCUGUGCUGAUUUAUAUCAUAAAUGGCUGACAGCGAUUCAACUAAGUGAAAACACAUUCUUCUACGAUGUGUUAAAGUGGAUUGGCGAACCGCUGCUCACCAAUGGAAGCGGUCCAAAAUGAUCAAACCUCAUCAUUUAACCACUACCCCACUUCCACCGCGAGACGAAACGAGAGGCAAUGUCUUCCAAAUGUAUUUCGUAUCGCCCCGAAAGUAUCCCAAUCUUGGCCUGAGCCUGAAAAUAAAGACUUACAAUCCGUUGUCCCAUCGAUCUAGGACAAGCACCCUCACCGAAACCUGACUGGCCUUCGCCGUUGUCAGGCGGGCAUUGCCCAUCGUUUAAUCGCACCCCGUUAAACCCCCCCACGGACACCCCGACAGCAACUUCAGGAAUCCCGCAGCCACACCUUUCUCUCCCCUUAUCUCAGCACUACUCGGACUUCAUUUCACCGCACUCGCCUCCAAGCUGCGAAGGAAGCAGUUAAGCAUCCCGGGGACAACCGAGACCGCCGAAUUAUCUUCUGCUGGCGCAAGAGGUUGCCAAUUUCUUUCUCCGAGAACAGAUGUUAUGCGGAGACAGGGACUCCUCGUUCUACAUUUUGCUUCACUUUCUGUUGUGUCUUUUUCCCCCACCUUUUAUUUUUCUGCUUUAACUUGUCAUCCAUUAGCUCAAAGCCUGGUGUUGACUUGCCCCCGGGGCGUGUGCGACAUGCCAGUGAUGGCUUCAGGUGGAAAACCAGCAAACAACAAGGCGACCAGACAUGGCAGCGGAGUAUAGUUCCUCCUAACACCUGUUGAUAUGAUCGUAACACUCUUAAAUAACAAUUUUUUUGAUGGCGCUGAGAUGUAAAACAAAAAAAAGACCAUUUAUGAACGGUGAGGCCGCAGAAAGCGAAUAACUGACUCUAAAGGAAUUCGUCUCCAUGCUUUGGGGCUUUGCAUGGAUCCAAUAUACACACUUAGACUGAACUGAGACUCAGAUGAGAACUGAGGACGUUUCAGCAUUUACACUUUGCAUCAUUUCUUUCCAUUUUAUUUACUUGUUAUCGUUUCAAUAGCCCCCCCCCCCCCGCCACGUGCACGAAAGCUGUGCCGCUGUCCACGCAGGACUGUUUCUGCAUGAAAAUGACCCCACUAGAAGCAUCCUGCUGGGUCAGACACACGGUCUUGUAACAACAAUCAUGUAUGGUUUUGUCUAUAUUUCUAAAAUAGUGUCUCAUCUUUUGUUUGGAAUGUAUUUCUCUUAUUAA